AAUUUCCCCACCGGAAGUUGUUGUUUUUCAUCUUCCUGUUGUGUUUUUUGAGGUUCUGCGCGCGCCCUCCGCAGCAGCCGUCAUCGAGAAGUCCAACUCAGAAACAUUUAUAGUUUUAUACAGUUGGCGUUAACAUUAUUGUUGAAGAUGUCGGACCCCAAACUGCAGAGCUUCCGGAGCUUUCUAACGGAGCGGUUCACCAGCGUUGCCAUGGAGAUCUUUGAAGAACUAGAGAGUAUAGUGGGGACUUACUACGAGGAGAACAAACGGCUGAGGAGCGUGCUGCACACCGUGCUCAACCCAGAGCUCAAGCUCACCAAGAUAGAUGUUCACCCAUACACUGGAGCAACCACAGACGUCAAAGAGCUAAUCACUAUGGUGGAAAUAUCAGAGCCGGUUUCUAAAAAGCUUAAAGAAGAGCAAAUUGAAUAUGACAUAAGUUUGGACUCAGAACAACAACAACAAGGGCUGGGGGAAGCUGAUAACUUUAUUACCCCAGAUUGUGUGAAAAAUGACCCAAAAGAAGAAGACGUAAGUUGGGACUCAGAACAACAACAACAAGGGCUCGGGGCAGCUAAUAACUUUAUUACCCAGGAUUGUGUGAAAAAUGACCCAGAAGAAGAUGACGUAAAGAUGCCCUGCAUCACCAACUCAUUCCACAUUAAAAUGGCUGAGUUCAACCCCAACUCUUCAGGCACCCUCACAGCUGAUGAAGAUGACGACCGUUUAGAAUCGGACUCGGAUGCAGAUUCCCGACAGCUAUCCAGGAGCGAAGAAAGCUCAAGUGAAAGCCAGGACCCUCAAAAACAUGAUACAAAGUCAAAGAAAAGCUUAACGAUGCUUCAGGACUUGGACAGCGACAAUUCUGAUGGAGGGGAGCUAUCGGAGGUGGAAAGUGACAACGACGGCAACCUUUCCUGGGUCUAUGAAAACUCGUCAUCCUCAUCCGAGAGUGAUUCGGAGUACAUACUGCAGAAAAAGAGGCGUCCACUUUCACCGGAGACUACGGUCCCGGAUGUUCCGUUCACCGCUGAUGUUCCAGGUGAGCCCCGGUGUCCUGUGCUGCCUUGUGCUGAAGCCUGUGCUGUUGGCCCACCAGCUCUUGGGCCAAGUGAAGGGCUCAGCCCGCCUUUGGAGUCAUCUAGGCCCAAUGCGGCUGUGGAAAAGGGGAAGGAUGGGACGGUGUGGACGCUCCUUCAACCAACUAAACGUCCAGGUAUAAGGCAGAGCCAAAAUGUCCUGACAGAAGCUGCUGGCCCCACAGCGCGCGCAAAGCGCAAUGUCGAAGAUGCACACACAGCCUUCUUGUGUUUGUUUGACGUUGGCAUGCUGGAGCACAUCAGGGACUGCACUGUGGAUGAGGCACAUCGGCACAGUGGUGACAGCUCAUGGGACCUGACAGUGGCUGAGCUGAAAGCCUUCAUAGCCCUUUUAUAUAUCCGUGGAGCUAAAGGGGCAAAAUACAUGGAUCUGAGCAGCCUGUGGUCGGAAAAAUGGGGCUUCCUGUUUUUCAAGGAAACCAUGUCCAGAAAUCGUUUCAGGGAGAUAAUGAGAUUCCUGCGGUUUGAUAUAAAGAAGACCCGGCGUGCGCGUCUACAGGAUGACAAGUUUGCCCUGGUGUCGGCCACUUGGAACAAGUUCGUUCAGAACAGCAUAGCCUGCUAUAAGCCCGGUGCCAACAUCACUAUAGAUGAACAGUUGUUACCCUGCAAGACCCGAUGCAGGUUUACACAGUACACGGGGAAUAAACCUGAUAACUAUGGCAUAAAGUUUUGGCUGGCUGUGGAUGUCCAGUCAAAAUACAUGCUAAACGGGGCUCCGUAUCUGGGAAAGGAGGAUACACGGAGCAGAGGUCAGCUCAUGGGAGAGAGUGUGGUGCUGAAACUGGCGGAGCCGUUCCUGGGAAAGGGAAGAAAUAUUACCACCGACAAUUUCUUCACCUCUCUCAAACUGGCAACCGCCUUACAGGCCAAGAAGACCAGCCUGGUUGGCACCCUGAGGAAAACAAACUGUGAGUUGCCCCCCUCUGCUAAAGUGCAAGCGGAACUGUUCCACACAAAGGUGCUGAAAUGUGCUGAUGCAACGCUCACCAUCUACCAGGGAAAGCCAAGGGAGAAUGUGUGCAUUCUGAGCUCCAUGCACACAAGUGUGGGCAUCACCGAAGGGCAGAGGGCAAAGCCAGAGUCAGUGAGGUAUUAUAAUGACACUAAGUACGGAGUGGAUGUCUUGGAUCAGAUGGCAAGGGCAUACUCCGUAAAAGGCGCCACACGUAGAUGGCCAGUGGCUGUCUUUUAUAACAUCCUCGACCUGGCCGGGAUCAAUGCCCACGUUCUCUUCAAGGAGUGCACCGGCAGCAAACUGCCUCGGACAAAGUUCAUGCAGCAACUGGCAGAGGAGCUGAGAGCAGAGUUCAUGGAGGGAAAAAUGGCAGCAUGGCAGUCGACACAAGGUCCUGGUCAGCAGCAGACACCAAAACGGAGGCAGUGCCAGGUUCGGAAAAGGUGCAACAACAACAAAACCUCCGACACCUGCUUCAAUUGUCAAAGACCUGUGUGUGGAAACUGUGUGGGGAGAAGAAAGGUGACUUGCUUUGACUGUGACUAGCCAUGCACGCUAUUGAUGUAAUUAUUUAUUAUAAAAUUUGGAUUGUAUGAUUGUUCUAUAGCCUAAACUUAGUUCUUGGUUCUUUCUUUUGUUUUAGAUUAGCUCGUUUCCAGCUUUUUAGAUUUUUUUUUGUUUUAUAACAUAUUUGUUAAAAUAGAAUGUUUCAUCAUCAAAUAAGAUACUUUAUUAUCGUUAAUUUUUUUUUUUUUUCUGAGUUACAUUGAAUAAAUUUCUCUACAGAAAAAAUACUGGUGUGAAUAUAUGAAGUAAUUACGGUUUACUACAUUUGAUGAUGUAAAUAUUGAUAAAUGUAUGAUUAAACUUGUUCAAACGUA